UCCCAGAGCCUGGCAGAGGGAGGAGGGGAGGCUGGAGCGGCAGAGCCGGCGGGAGAGAGAGGGAGGCGUGGCCCUGAGCCUGGGAGGCUGUCCUUAGACUGCUCUUCUCUUGCCGGGCAGUUUGCUGCAUCUGGAGGAGCUCACUGGAGAAUCUCCAACAGCGGAGUGGGCCUUCAACUACCAUCUCACCACCUGAUGAGGGGCACAGCCCUUCAGGACUCCAGAGGCUCCAUGACCCUGGACAGGCCAGGGGAAGGGGCCACCAUGCUGCGGACAUUCACUCUCUUACUCUUUUGCAUUCGGUUGAGUCUGGGUAUGACACCAAUAGCAAUGAUGCAAUCUCAACCAGAGCUGUGGAUAGAGACCAACUACCCCCAGGCCCCUUGGGAGAACAUCACACUUUGGUGCAAAAGCCCCUCUCGGAUUUCAAGCAAGUUCCUGUUGCUGAAAGAUAAGACACAGAUGACCUGGAUCCGCCCUUCCCACAAGACCUUCCAAGUUUCAUUCCCCAUUGGUGCCCUUACUCAGUCCAAUACAGGUCUUUACAGGUGCUGCUACUGGAAGGAGACGGGCUGGUCAGAGCCCAGUAAAGUUUUAGAGUUGGAGGCACCAGGCCAGCUGCCCAAGCCCACUUUCUGGAUCCAGGCUGACACCUCCCCUCUUUCUGGAUGUAAUGUUAACAUACUCUGCCAUGGCUGGCUGCAGGAUUUGGUAUUCAUGCUGUUCAAAGAGGGAUAUGCAGAACCCGUGGAUUACCAAGUCCCAACGGGGACAGUGGCCAUAUUCUCCAUUGCCAACAUGACACCUGAGAGUGAAGGGGUUUACAUCUGCCGCACUCACAUCCAGAUGCUCCCUACCCUGUGGUCAGAGCCCAGCAACCCCCUGAAGCUGAUUGUGGCAGGACUCUAUCCCAAACCAACUCUGACAGCCUAUCCUGGGCCCAUCAUGGCACCGGGAGAAAGCCUGAAUCUCAGGUGCCAAGGGCCAAUCUAUGGAAUGACCUUUGCUUUAAUAAGGCGUGAAGACUUGGAGAAGUCCUUUUACCACAAGAGACCAUUAAAAAAUGAGGCAUAUUUCUUCUUCGGGGCUUUGAAAAUCCACAAUGCUGGACAUUACCUCUGUUUUUACUAUGAUGGGUCACACAGGGGUUCACUCCUUAGUGAUAUCCUGAAAAUCUGGGUAACCGACACUUUCCCGAAGACCUGUCUACUUGCUCAGCCCAGUCCUGUGGUCCAGAUGGGUCAGAAUGUGAGCCUGUGGUGUCGAGGGCCAGUGGAUGGAGUGGAACUUACACUCUAUAAGAAAGGAGACGACAAAACACUUCAGCUCUUGGAUACCACCAGCAUCAGUGAUGAUGAGUCAUUCCUCCUCAACAAUGUGACCUAUAGUGAUGCUGGCAUCUAUAGCUGCCACUAUCUCCUCUCCUGGAAGACCUCCAUCAGGAUGUCAUCACACAACACCGUGGAGCUUGUGGUUAUAGAUAAGCCCCCCAAACCCUCCCUGUCAGCCUGGCCCAGCACCGUGUUCAAGCUAGGAAAGGCCAUCACCCUUCAGUGCCGAGUACCUCAACCAGUACUUGAAUUUUGUCUGGAAUGGGAAGAAAGAGCAACAUCCCCCAAAUUUUCAGUGGAUGGAGACUUCAUCAUCAGUAAUGUUGAAGGGCAAGGCACGGGGACCUACAGUUGCAGCUAUCGCAUAGAGGCACAUCCUAACAUCUGGUCAUAUCGCAGUGAGCCUCUGAAACUGAUGGGGCCAGCAGGCUUUCUCACCUGGAAUUACGUUCUGAAUGAGGCUAUCAGGUUGUCCCUAAUCGUGCAGCUUUUUGCCUUGCUGUUGGUAGAGCUGUGGAUAAGGUGGAAGUGUCGGAGACUCAGAAUCAGAGAAGCCUGGUUGCUGGGAACAGCUCAAGGGGUCACCAUGCUCUUCAUACUCACAGCUCUUCUCUGCUGUGGACUGUGCAAUGGGGUAUUGACAGAAGAGACUGAAAUAAUCAUGCCAACCCCAAAGCCUGAGCUGUGGGCAGAGACCAACUUCCCUCUGGCCCCGUGGAAGAACUUAACCCUCUGGUGCAGAAGCCCUUCUGGCUCAACUAAGGAAUUUGUAUUGCUGAAGGACGGGACCGGGUGGAUUGCAACUCGCCCGGCCUCAGAGCAGGUCCGGGCUGCCUUCCCCCUUGGAGCCCUGACCCAGAGCCACACCGGGAGUUACCACUGCCAUUCGUGGGAGGAGAUGGCUGUGUCAGAGCCCAGUGAGGCACUUGAGCUGGUGGGGACAGACAUCCUCCCCAAACCUGUCAUUUCUGCUUCCCCCCCAGUUCGGGGCCAGGAACUGCAAAUCCGGUGCAAAGGAUGGCUGGCAGGCAUGGGGUUUGCUCUGUAUAAGGAGGGAGUGCAGGAACCUGUCCAGCAACUUGGUGCCCUUGGGAGAGAAACCUUCUUUACAAUCCAAAGAAUGGAGGAUAAAGAUGAAGGCAAUUAUAGCUGCCGCACUCACACUGAAAAGCGCCCCUUCAAGUGGUCUGAGCCCAGUGAGCCCCUGGAGCUUGUCAUAAAAGAAAUGUACCCCAAGCCCUUAUUCAAGACAUGGGCCAGUCCUGUGGUCACUCCUGGUGCCCGAGUGACUUUCAAUUGCUCCACCCCCCACCAGCAAAUGAGCUUUAUCCUUUACAAAGAUGGAAGUGAAAUAGCGUCCAGUGACAGGUCUUGGGCGAGUCCGGGAGCCAGUGCAGCCCACUUUCUGAUCAUUUCGGUGGGCAUUGGUGAUGGAGGGAAUUACAGCUGCCGCUAUUAUGACUUUGCUAUCUGGUCUGAGCCCAGUGACCCUGUGGAGCUCGUGGUGACAGAAUUCUACCCCAAACCCACUCUCCUGGCACAGCCAGGUCCUGUGGUGCUUCCUGGGAAGAAUGUGACCCUGCGCUGCCAAGGGACUUUCCAGGGCAUGAGGUUUGCCCUCUUGCAGGAGGGAACCCAGGUUCCCUUACAGUUUCAGAGUGCCUCAGGGAAUGUGGCUGACUUUCCCCUCCACGCUGUUGGAGCAGACGACUCUGGGAACUAUAGUUGUGUCUACUAUGAGACCACUAUGUCAAACAGGGGAUCAUAUCUCAGCAAGCCUCUUAUGAUCUGGGUGACUGACACAUUCCCCAAGCCAUGGUUGUUUGCUGAGCCCAGUUCUGUGGUUCCCAUGGGGCAGAAUGUUACUCUCUGGUGCCAAGGGCCAGUCCACGGAGUAGGGUACAUUCUGCACAAAGAAAUAGAAGCCACUUCAGUGCAGCUCUGGGGAUCCAUCAGUAAUGAUGGGGCAUUCCCCAUCACCAAUAUAUCUGGUGCUAACAUAGGUCGUUACAGCUGCUGCUACCAUCCUGACUGGACCAGCCCUAUCAAGAUACAGCCUAGCAACACCCUGGAACUUAUAGUCACAGGUUUGCUCCCCAAACCCAGCCUAUUAGCCCAGCCUGGUCCCAUGGUGGCCCCUGGAGAAAACAUGACUCUUCAGUGUCAAGGGGAACUGCCAGACUCAACAUUUGUCCUGUUGAAGAAGGGUACUCAAGAGCCCUUAAGGCAACAGAGGCCAAGAGGGUACAGGGCUGACUUCCGGAUGCCAGCAGUGAGCAGUGAAGAUUCUGGGAUGUAUAGCUGUGUUUAUUAUUUGGAUUCUGCUCCCUUUGCAGCUUCUAAUCUCAGUGACUCCCUGGAGAUCUGGGUGACUGAUAAGCCCCCUAAACCCUCCCUGUCAGCCUCGCCCAGCACUGUGUUCAAGCUAGGAAAGGAUAUCACCCUUCAGUGCAGAGGACCCCUGCCAGGUGUGGAGUUUGUCCUGGAACAUGAUGGAGAAGAAGCGCCUCAGCAGUUUUCAGAGGAUGGAGACUUUGUCAUCAACAACGUAGAAGGAAAGGGCAUUGGAAACUAUAGCUGCAGCUACCGUCUGCAGGCCUACCCUGAUAUCUGGUCAGAGCCUAGUGAUCCCCUGGAGCUGGUGGGGGCAGCAGGGCCUGCUGCUCAGGAAUGCACUGUGGGGAACAUUGUCCGAAGUACCCUGAUCGUGGUGGUGGUUGUAGCUUUAGGGGUGGUGCUAGCCAUAGAGUGGAAGAAGUGGCCUCGACUCCGAACCAGAGGCUCAGAGACAGAUGGAAGAGACCAGACCAUAGCCUUGGAAGAGUGUAACCAAGAAGGAGACCUGGGCACCAAUACCAACUCUCCCUCAUCGAUCUCUCAGGGAACCUCAGUGGAACUGCCAGUCCCAAUAUAAUAAUCACCUCCUUGGCAAGAGCUUUCCUCUCCUCUUUUUUUAUCCUCAGAGACCUGCAAAUCUGGCUGGUUUCCCUGGGAGUCCACCCCAUCUACUGUUCCUUGGCCACUAAUCACCUGAGAUAGGUCAAGGGGAUUUUAGGAGUUGAGAGCUCUACCAGGGUGAGAUGUUUCCUGAAGAGAGAGUCCCUGCCCUCGUAACUCCUCACUGUACUGAUUUACUGGUGCAUGAAAUUCUAUUAAAAAUGUAUUCUUCUGAAUAAAGAGAGU